CUUCUCUGACAAUGUGGCCUCGCUGCUAGGGUUGAAGGGCAGAAAUCCUUGAGCAGCCCGAAGGAAACCCACCCGGAGCAAAGGAAAACGGCAGCCUAAAUGGUUAGUGGAGCAGAGCAGAUGAUGAUGAAGCAGCACCCUGAGCCCUCACAUCCCUGAAAUAACCCAUCACCUCAGGGAGGACCCUCUGAAACAGCCCAGAAGAAGAGGAUGAAGCUCCUGCGCAGGCGUUACAGCCCCUUGAAGGUGGCUCUGGUGGGCGCCGCCUUCCUCAUCGUCCUCUUCAUCCUACAGAAGGACGUGGGGAACAAAGACCCGGCUGAGGAGCCUUGGCUGAAGAACAUUGUCCAAGGGAAGGACCAAGUCCUCGAUCUCAUGCUGGGGGCUGUCAACAACAUCCGAGACUCGAUGCCCAAGCUGCAGAUCAGAGCCCCGGUGCGGCAGGAGGAGCCUCCCCCCGGCACCCGCUCCUGCCCUCCCGGCGUCUACACGGCGGCAGAGCUGCGCCCGCUGAUGGACAGACCCCCCCAGGACCCUGCCAGCCCCGGGGCCGACGGCAAAGCCUUCAAGAAAGACCAAUGGACACCGGAGGAGACCAAGGAGAAGGAGAGAGGCUACGAGAAGCACUGCUUCAACGCCUUCGCCAGCGACCGCAUCUCCCUCCAGCGAGCGCUGGGGCCCGACAGCCGCCCGCCCGAAUGCAUUGACCAGAAAUUCAAGCGGUGCCCACCUCUGCCCAGCACCAGCGUCGUCAUCGUCUUCCACAACGAAGCCUGGUCCACGCUGCUGCGGACGGUGUACAGCGUCCUGCACUCCUCCCCAGCCCUGCUGCUGAAGGAGAUCAUCUUGGUGGAUGAUGCCAGCACAGAUGACUACCUGAAGGACGAGCUCGAUCGCUACGUGGAGCAGCUGCAGGUCGUGCGGGUCGUGCGGCAGGAGGAGCGCAAAGGGCUGAUCACAGCACGGCUGCUGGGGGCCAGCGUGGCCACUGGCGAGGUCCUGACCUUCCUGGAUGCUCACUGCGAGUGUUUCCACGGCUGGCUGGAGCCGCUCUUGUCCCGCAUCGCCGAGGAGCCCACGGCUGUUGUCAGCCCUGACAUUGCCACCAUCGACCUCAACACCUUUGAGUUCUCCAAACCAGUCCAGAACAGCAAACAGCACAGUCGAGGCAACUUUGACUGGAGCCUGACUUUUGGCUGGGAGGUUGUCCCAGCCCGUGAGCGGCAGCGCAGGAAGGACGAGACUUUCCCCAUCAAGUCCCCAACCUUUGCUGGUGGCCUGUUUGCCAUCUCCAGGUCCUACUUUGAGCACAUCGGCUCCUACGACGAGCAGAUGGAGAUCUGGGGGGGUGAGAACGUGGAGAUGUCCUUCAGGGUCUGGCAGUGUGGGGGGCAAGUGGAAAUCAUCCCUUGUUCUGUUGUGGGCCACGUGUUCCGCACCAAGAGCCCUCACACCUUCCCCAAGGGCACCCAGGUCAUCUCCAGGAACCAGGUUCGCCUGGCUGAGGUCUGGAUGGAUGACUACAAGGAGAUCUUCUACAGGAGGAACCAGCAAGCAGCACAGAUGGCCAGAGAGAAGACGUAUGGUGACAUUACAGACCGGCUCAAGCUGAGGGAGAAGCUCCACUGCAAGAACUUCACGUGGUACCUCCAGACUGUCUACCCAGAGAUGUUCGUCCCCGACCUCACGCCCAUGUUUUAUGGAGCUAUAAAAAACCAGGGCACCAAGAGCUGCCUGGAUGUUGGUGAGAACAACCACGGUGGGAAGCCGCUCAUCAUGUACCCUUGCCACGGGAUGGGGGGCAACCAGUAUUUUGAGUACACAAGCCAGAGGGAGCUUCGGCACAACAUUGGGAAGGAGCUUUGCCUGCGGGCAGGAGCGGGAGCAGCCGAGCUGGGAGACUGCCAGUACCGGGGCAAGCCCGGCAGGGUGCCAGCCAACGAGGAAUGGGACCUGACACAGGACCAGCUGAUCAGAAACCCCUCCUCGGGCUCGUGUCUGACGGCGCGAGGGAAGCACCCGGCGCUGGCUCCCUGCGACCCAGCAGAUGCCCACCAGCUCUGGGCCUUCACCUAGGCAGGGAGCACAAUGGCCCAAGCCUCUGACUGUGCUCAGGAAACCAGAAUCCAACAAAAAACCCUUCUCUUUUUGGUUUUAAGAGGUGAAAGCCUUCAAUAUGCUGCAUGUCACGGUUGCCUUGAGCUCGGGGCCGUGCCUUUGGAGCGAGGAAGCUCCUGGAGCUGAGCUGGGCUGGAAGCUCCACACACAGUCCAAAACCUGGAGGUGCCUGAGGAUGCUUUUAGGAUCCCAUCUGCUGCUCAUCCUUCCCUGUCACAGCUCUGGACACUUCACAUUCUGAUGGGGUGCUGCAGAAGGUGGCCAGGCCUCCUCAGAUCUCAAAGCCAUGUGAGGAAGCUCCUGCCAGUGAGGAGGAUGAGGAUGGUGACCGAGCAUGUGGCUCAUCCCAGGGGAAGGGUGGGUUGUCACAGCCCUGUGUGGGCAAGGGAGCACCCCCAGUACUGGCAGAGGGCUGCCAGGAUCCAGCCCUCGCAGCAUCGCUGCUGCUGGGCUGAGCGAGGUUGUGCUGUCUGCCUGAGACACCAGCCUUGAUCUGGGGUGGGGGAGUUGGGGUGAUGUUUUGAUGAUGAUGAUGAUAUGCUGAUGAUUCCUGGGUAUGAUCCUGCUCGUUCUCCUGCUGGAGGAAGGGUUUUCCCCAGAGGGCACAGCUCAAACCCACCACAGCAUCUGCCCAGAGAGGCUCUCACCAGCACCCAGGUGUGAGAUCUCCUCCCUCCCCUGGUUUUCUUCGAGCCUGACUACUGUAGCUGCCACUUUCCUUGCCAUUUCAUUUCUAGGGUGGGUAGUAAAACCUUCCUGGAAGUGGUGUGGGAGUGGGAGAACCUGUCUUUGGAUACAUGACCUCGA